ACGUGCCUCAAAUUUCUUGGAUUUUCAAUUAGGUUAACGUCGACGAUUUUGCGGUCUACCAUGGUUAAAAUAUCUGUUCUGCAACAUGCGCCGGCGUUGCACCUUCCUACCCGACCAGGGGAUCCCACACCCACGUCUCGCAAUUUGGAUCCUCUUAUGCAUCCCUUUUCUCGAGCCAGAGAACGGAUACGGGCCCUGAAUGCCGCAAAAAUGGAAAGAAUGUUUGCGAAACCAUUUGUUGCUAGUCUGGAAGGCCACGUCGAUGCGGUGGAGGUCCUGAUGCGGAAACCGGGCGACCUUAGCACGGUAGCAAGUGGUAGUUGGGAUGGAGGACUAAUUAUCCAUAAUAUCUCUAUGAGAACCCAUCUGCUACGACUGCCUCAAGCUCAUAAAGGCAAAGUAUCCGGACUAUGUUUCACCGAAAGCUCGAAGCUGCUCAGUUGUGGAGUGGAUCGUAAUAUCAAGAUGUGGGAUACAGAAUCUGGCUCUGACCAGCCCGUGAUGGUAUUUCCGGGCAAAAGCGCGUUCAACUCGAUAGAUCAUCAUCGUUCUGAUCCCGUUUUUGCCACCGCCUCAAAUCUUAUUCAGAUAUGGGAUGAAUCAAAAACUUCUGCAAUAUCCAACUUAACAUUCCCUACAUCAACCGAAACAAUAACGUCCGUCCGAUUCAAUCAAAGUGAAUCGAGCGUAUUGGCAAGUAUAGGUUCUGAUCGGACGUUCACCUUAUACGACAUCCGAACGGGAAAAGCAGAGCGGCGGGUCGUGAUGCAAUUCAGCUCCAACGCUCUCUCAUGGUGCCCAACGCAUCCAACAACAUUGCUUCUAGCCUCGGAAGACCAUAAUUUAUACACUUUCGACAUUCGACAUUUAUCAACGCCAACACAAAUAUAUAAGGCGCAUGUUGCGGCAGUUAUGAGCUGCGAGUGGGCUCCAACAGGGUUAGAGUUUGUCAGUGGUGGUUGGGAUCGAACUGUGAGGAUAUGGAAAAAAGACAAAGGCAGCAGCGAGGAUGUCUUCCAUGGGAAGCGCAUGGGUCGUGUAUCGUCGACAAUUUUCACGAAUGAUGCUAGGUUUGUGGUCUCGGGCUCGGAUGACGGGAAUCUCCGUGUCUGGAAGGCAAACGCGUCAGAGAAGCUUGGAGUAGUCAAUGCCCGAGAACGUGCGGCUAUUGAAUAUCGUGGAAAGCUUGUAGAGCGGUGGAAGAUGGACAAGGAGGUGGGCAAGGUUGCCAGGACGCGACACUUGCCGAAGCCUGUGUACCAAGCCUCGAAACUCAAGAGAACAAUGUUGGAGGCUCGGAGGGUCAAGGAUGAACGCAGGCGUAAGCAUACUAGAGAGGGAGAAGGCAAGCCCAAGGCUGAGAGGAGGAAGGCGGUUAUUGCUGAGCAGAAUUGAGGUUCUGGCGUUUCUUGUGUAAGAUUACACCGGCGUUCUCAGGCUCAUCGUCAUGAGUACUGACUCGGCGCUCGUAGAUUUAUACCACUACUUCCGCUCGCCCCAGCUUGGUUCUAACAAGUACGUCAUAUAAUUCCAGUUUAGAACAGCUAUUUCAAGUAGCCGACGGCAUUGAAUGACUAACGGCCUUUGAUCUCUUAUCAUCAAUCAAUGGAUCUCGAACUGAAGGAUGUGCAUGUUCUCGUAACUGG